AUGGGGGACCCUGAGAAGAAGCCGAACCAGAGGAGUGACGCCACACCCCGGAAAGUGCGAUUCAAAAUCUCAUCCUCCUACAGCGGCCGAGUGCUGAAGCAGGUCUUUGAGGACGGGCAGGAGCUGGAGUCCCCGAAGGAGGAAUACCCUCACAGCUUUCUCCAAGAGGCCCUUGAGCCAGUGGACGGUGUUUAUGGGUCUGGGGAGGCCCCCAAGCCCCGGCUGUGUUCCCCUAAGCUGACUGCUCAAAGGAUCAGCGUGUUUAGAGAGGGCCAUGCCUACACUUUGGCGGGCAACCAGCCUUUCUUCAAUGAUUACAAGGGGAAUGACCACAAGCCCCCACCCAUCAUAGAUUUUGGAAAGAUAAUCAUCUACACGAAUAACCUUAAAAUCAUUCGAACCCCAGUGGACAAGAGAGACUUCAUGAGGAAUAUUCUCCAGAAGGAAGAGGAGGCUGAGGAGGAGCCUCUGAUGAGCAAAGAAGACAUGUGUGGAGACAGCGCCCAGAACCACGGGCCUUCGCCGGGGCCGGAGGGCGCCCUCCGCCAGGACCAGUGCCCACAGGAAGGGGACCUUCCUGAGGACAACUGUUUUCACUGCCGAGGGUCAGGCAGUGCCACCUGCUCUCUGUGCCACGGCAGCAAGUUCUCGAUGCUGGCCAACAGGUUUAAGGAGUCCUAUCGGGCCCUGCGGUGUCCUGCCUGCAAUGAAAAUGGCCUGCAGCCUUGCCACAUUUGCAAUCAAUAGCCCAUGGCUUUGAUGUCGGCCUUUAGUGCAGCUUUCCUAAAAUUAUUUCUAAUAAACUGUCCCCUUCUCCUCCUCCUUCCUCUCCCAGCAAGGAAGCCACAGUGGCUGUGGUCACUUCCACAACCGGCAAAACUCAGUUACUCGGUGACAUUUCAUGAGGCUGCUAACAUCUCUGCCUGAAUCUAAGUGGCAGAGGCAUUUUUGAAUUAGAGUCUGCUUUGCAACCUGUUCUAAGAUCACCCUUCCAGGAACACGUGCUUGUAUCGGACUUGGCUUAGCUCGUUUAUUUGCCUUUUACAGUGAACAAAUAAAUGUACACUUCAGGCAGUAGGUCCAAGUCAUUUUCUGGUUGGGAGUCCCUUGCAAAAUUACCUAGUAAGAAUGGGGUAAGAAAGGCGGGUUUCUGAUGAACUGAAAUCCUAUUGCUUAUAAUGCAUUUCAAAUUGUUGUUGGUCCCACUGAAUUUUUAAUUAAGCAGAAGAGGAAAGGGUCGCCCAGCGCUGAAUGUACUAGAAGACCACUGAAAACAAACAGCACAUCCGCACCUCAUGCCGGAGACAGGCAAGCUGAGGAGGCCUUGCUUUCAAGGUCCGGAGUCUCUCCUGGGUGAUGUGUUCGAGUAAUAUUCGCACAGGCAAUGAGCGAUGCUGCUGCUUAGGACUGAAAGAGAUGACAUUUCCAUGUGCCUCUAAACUACGGACAUUAUAAGUCAAGUCAAAGCUACUUCUGAUUAAUUUGGUGCUUCAGUAUGUGUGUGUUGUAUGGCUUCGUCCAGCCCCUGACUUAUUAGCAAAUAAGUAAAUCUGUUUUAAGUCUAAGAUACAACCAUGGUCUCUUCCUAAAAGACUGGACAUUUUAUAGGUAUCUAUUGGAAACCUCUAACAGAAAAACUAACUGAGGCUGAUUUUUAGCUGUUAUCUUGGUAUGGUCUAUGAAUACACAUACUAAGGAUAAUUCUUUCCUCUUGAAGUUGGUUAUCAAAUUACAAAGAUACUUUUGUUAAUGAAUUUUUGUAGCUCCAAUACCCACUCCUCUGACCCCUGGAGUGCAAUGUUGUAAAAUCUGUUAUCUAUUGAGAUGUACCGCUUUUCUAUGAUAAUAUUUUGAUUUUCGUCCCUUAAUUUUUGAAAAAGUUAUUUGUUAUUCCCUAACAUUUGGCUAUUAAGGUAACAUGGAAUGCUUUUCAGGCAAUAUAACUA